AUGCGUGUUAUAAAUCACAUUACUCUCUCCGCCUAAAGAUCUCUGACGUGGCUAUUUAUCUCUCUCCAAAAUCUUUGGCCUUCUCCGUUCUCUUUCUCAUCAUUCUCAAUGGCGGCGAGAAUCGCACUGUUGAAGUACCUGAGAGUGGAAUCUCGGCCGGCACAACUUCGAAACCCUAGGCUAAUUGGAGGCUCAUUCAGUCAGCUUUUCAGGCGUCAGUUCUCUGACGAAGUAAGAGGCUCAUUUCUCGAUAAGGAUGAAGUCAGAGAUCGCGUCAUCAACGUCGUCAAAAACUUCCAAAAAGUUGAUCCUUCCAAGGUUGUCCCAAAUGCUCACUUCCAAAAUGAUCUUGGUUUAGAUAGUUUAGACACUGUGGAAAUUGUGAUGGCCCUUGAAGAAGAAUUUGCGUUUGAGAUUCCUGACAAUGAAGCUGACAAGAUCCACUCGAUAAAUUUAGCUGUUGAUUUCAUUGCAUCUCAUCCUCAGGCAAAAUAAAGGAACUAACUGUAGCUUGAUGAGUAUCCAUUUCUGUUUACACCUUUCUUUUCACAGUUCAAGUCUGAGCUGCUCUUCAUCUGCUCACUUCUAGCAUGUGGUUAAUCUGCUCUAUGCUCUUUUAAGGAUUUUGGUCAUUCCAGAAGAUGAGAACUACCAUAAUCGGCUAGAUUUGUUAUAAUGUCUCAGACACAGUUUAAUCUCUAUUAGAUUCGAGGUCUAUGAUGUUAGAAAGAUUAUUGCUGAUGAAAAUAAACCUUAGCUGCAUGGUAGCAUGGGUCAACAUUAAGUUUUAAUCCCUUUAUUUCUCAUUGUUGGCCAAGCCAAACAUGUCUACAGUUCAUUUUCUGCCCAGAACUAUGAUCCAUUGGUUAUGUUUUGUCGUUCUUGAGUGAAUCAGUUGACUAGAUACUGAACAUGUUUGCCAAUCA